AUGGAAGGUGAAAAAGAUAUGUCCACCGGGCCUGAAUUCUCCCCUGUGGAAUCUGACAAGACUUCAGAACCAGCAUCUCAGAGCGAAGAUCAAGAUUCAGUUGGUGUGACACAACAAGGACACAUGGUUCAUCAGGAUGUAGCUGACUUGCUAGAUGACCAGGAGACAAAUGAACCACUGCCUGAUGAGCCUACAGAAAAGGCAGAAGUUGUUGUUCGAAGGAAAGAAUUGAAAGCAGAAAUCUUUUACUUUGAGUCAAAGAAGUACCCAGAGCUGGAAAUUCAGAAGAAGGAACUGCACUUGUCCAAGAUCUCAGAGUGUAAGGCAUUCGUGGCACGAAUUGAAACGACCCUUGACAGCAUUAGGAGAUCAGCAACAGAGUCUGAAAGUAACCAUGUAAGCUCCACCAACACAGCCAGCUGCAAAGAUGACACCAUUCCAGAAGCCACGCACAAACGUGGGGUCCCUGAUGGUCAGCUUAAUACUUCCAUGCCAGAAAAGCAGAUCAAUACAGAUGGUCAACUGCAAGAUGAAAUCAAGACUGGGAAUGACACUGAAGAUUCUUCUGCCACAUCAAGGAUUGAAACAAGAAGUGCAUCAUUCCUAACUCCUUCUACAUCAAUGGCAAGUCUUGAGAAUAAAGAUCAGAACAAGCAGCCGACAGUUGACCAGAACACAGUACAUGAAAAUCCUGACGCCAAGGAGGGUCUCAAGUCUGACGCAGAGGACCAAGAAUCUGAGGAGUCAUCACAUUUGGAGGAUGAAGCUACUAGAGGAGUUGCAGGCAGAGAUGACACAAGCACAGUACCACUCAAUGGAGCAAAAGUGCCAGCUGAUGGCAAAGGAAGAGAUGGCUACACCAGUGACAGAUUGGGCAUUGAAACAGAGCAGGGUGCCACCGUACAAAAUGUAGACAGAAAUGAAUUUGAUGGUCUGUCUGCGGCUAACAGUAGCCAUCCCCUGCCACGUUCAAAUGGACUUGACCAAUAUAUAGAAGACAUAGAUGAAGCUUUCAGCGGCAAAAGGCACACAACACCAGCGCAAAGGGAACAGCUACAGUUCCAUGCAGGUUUGCCAUCACAGCAAACAACUGUGCCUCCUGAAGCUGAUGAUAAUGCCGACAGAAACCACUGUGGAGACACAGACCCGUUGAUCCGGAGGAAAGGCUCUUCCAAAAGCACUUUAAAGAAAAGCUACGAGGAGCUCCACUCUGGCCAGCCACCAGGUUGCACAGAGAAGAGGGACAAGAAGGCUGCUGGUACCCAACAAAUGGAAGAAAGCAAGGUGGAUGAGCAAACAGAAGUUGGCGAACAACCCCAGGACAUUUGUAAGUCAGCGGAGCUUGGUGCAACUGCCAGUCAAGCAGACACAUCUACAGAGGAAGACCAGGAGCCUGAAGGGGCUGUUGGUGGAAUGACGUGUCCACCCCAGCAGUUAUGUCAUCAAGACGUGAUCAUAGACGCAACAAACAGACCAGGCCAGUUGGAUGACAGGCCAGUUGGCAAAGUGAAAGGCGUGCCGAGGACUUCGACUGAUGAGGUUGGCUCAGAAACACAAGUUGUUUUGACUACUCCUGAGUCUGGACCACCAGCAUUUGUCCAUUGCGAGGGGGAGCAGUAUCCCCGCCGCACAGCUUUUGAGGUGCCUGGCCUCAUUCCUCAAGAAGAGGAGAUAAGGGCACCAGCUGUAAGGGACAGAUCAAGGAGAGGAUGGCCACACAACAGCCAUCAGCAAUCUCCCCGGGCUGCUGAUACACCUGUACCUGGAUGGUUGUCGCAUCACAAGAAGAGACGCAGAGAUGAUGCAGCCAAGCCAGGGGACAGAGUGCCUGAGCAGUCUUCUUACGCUGUUGAGCAGGCAUUUGAGAGAGGUCGUACUACGAGUUUCAAAGACAGAGCUGGAAUAAAGAACCACACCACAGACUGGGCAAGAAUGGGCAGAUAUCAUAGCUGUCCCCCCGUAUGCUUUGUUCAGCCCUACAAGGAUCAGAAGGACUCAGUGUCAUCCAGCAGGACUUCCAGUAGUGACCACCAACCACAGAGAGAUCGCAACAGGGUGGUAGAGACCCGACAGCGAAACAACCGUCAAGAACCAAGAAUCCGAGUGCUGGACAAUGCCCAGCAGUUUUUGGCGUAUAUAAGGACAUCUCCAACACCCGUGGAGCAGAUAGCAUACAGCAUUCGGGAAACGGUUUUCCAGGAGGUUGUCCUGACAGCCUUCACCCUGUGGUACCCUGGCGGGGACAUCAUUCCACAGGGGACCCUCCUGGGGGGUGAGGAUGUUACAGUCCUGGUCGUCCCUGCAGAGUCACCCCAGCCAGGGCAGUGGAGGAUUGUCAAUAACAUGUAA